AACCCUACCCCUCACAACUUCUUUGUCAAUCCCACCGGUCUCGUCGCCGGAAUUUUGUUUUUCCGCCACCGUACUGAUGCCGCCGAAGCUAUUGUUUUCUUCUGGGAACGCCGGAUCGCCGGCGAUCAUUUCAUGACUCCGGUGUCUGAGGUUUUGGAUGAUAAAUUGCAGGAGAGAGUGAAGGGUUUGUUUGUUUCUCAUGUGGAGAGUUUAUUGGAAGGAGAGGUUAUGCAGAGGAUGGUGAAAAAGAGGGAGGUUUUGCAGAAUGAGGCUGAGAAUCUCUCUGCUCGGCUUCGGAAGCCGCAGAAAUUGGGUUUGUUAUUCGGUGACUUGCCGGGGAAGGCUAAAGGUUUGCGAGAUGAGAUUGGGUUGAUUACGAAUAGGAUGGAAGAAUUUAGGUCUGCUAUGAAGUGGGUUCUUAAUUAUCUUCAAGGAAACAACUCUAAAGAUUCGGUAAUUAGUGGUGAAACUGAGGUUUUUAAGUUUGAGGACGGUUUGGAUUUGAGUAGAAUUCAUUGUAUUGUGAUGCGUGAGUGUCGAAGACUCGAAGAGGGAUUGCCAAUUUAUGGAUUCCGACUUGAAAUCAUUCGCAAAGUCCUUUCGGAACAGGUAAUGGUCUUGAUUGGAGAGACUGGUUCAGGGAAGAGCACACAGUUGGUUCAGUUUCUGGCUGAUUCAGGACUUGGUGCUAGUGGUUCAAUAGUAUGCACCCAGCCCCGCAAAAUUGCUGCUGUCUCUUUGGCAAAAAGGGUUGGUGAAGAAACUAACGGGUGUUAUGAAGGUAAUUCAAUCAUUUGUUAUCCAACAUAUUCUCAUGUUCAGGCAUUCAAGUCCAAGGUAAUAUUUAUGACUGACCACUGUUUACUUCAACAUUACAUGAACAAUAAGAAUCUGUCUGGAAUUUCAUGCAUCAUUAUAGAUGAAGCUCAUGAAAGGAGCUUGAAUACUGAUCUCCUGUUGGCUCUGUUAAAAGAGUUACUUUGUCAGAGGGGUGAUUUAAGGCUCAUAAUAAUGUCUGCAACAGUUGAUGCAAGCAAAAUUUCGGAUUACUUUUAUGGUUGUGGAACCUUUCAUGUGGUUGGGAGAAGCUUUCCUGUUGAAAUCAAUUAUGUUCCAGGUGAAUAUGGAGGGACUUCUGGCACUUUAAAAUCCAGUUCUGGUAAUUUAGCUCCAUAUGUUUUUGAUGUUGUUAAGAUGGUUACUGAGAUCCAUAAAUCAGAAAAUGAAGGGGCUAUUCUUGCCUUUUUGACUUCUCAUAUGGAAGUUGACUGGGCUCGUGAAAAUUUCCAGUCUCCCUCUGUUGUCUCGUUAGCUUUACAUGGAAAACUAUCCCAUGAAGAGCAAUGUCGUGUAUUCCAGGACUACCCUGGAAAGAGAAAAGUUAUUUUUGCCACGAAUUUAGCAGAGACAUCCUUGACUAUUCCUGGUGUCAAGUAUGUAAUUGAUUCUGGCAUGGUAAAGGAGCGCUGGUUUGAUUCAAGUAGUGGUAUGAAUGUCCUAAGAGUUUCCUGGAUCAGCCAGAGUUCAGCUAACCAGCGAGCUGGCCGUGCUGGCCGAACAGAACCUGGAAAGUGUUACCGGCUCUAUUCGGACUGUGAUUAUCAGUCUAUGCUUUUACAUCAGGAGCCUGAAAUUCGUAAAGUUCACCUAGGCAUUGCAGUUCUAAGAAUUCUUGCCUUAGGGAUUAAGAAUGUACAGGAAUUUAAUUUUGUUGAUGCCCCCAGUGCCAAGGCAAUUGACAUGGCCAUCAGAAACCUUGUGCAGUUAGGGGCUAUCAUAUCCAAAAAUGAUGCUUUUGAUUUAACUGAGGAUGGACAUUGUAUAGUUAAACUGGGUAUUGAGCCUCGGCUUGGAAAACUUGUUCUUGACUGCUGUCAACAUCAGUUGUGUAGAGAGGGUGUCAUACUUGCUGCUGUUAUGGCAAAUGCAAGUAGCAUAUUUUGCAGAGUUGGUACUAGUGAUGAUAAAUUAAAAGCUGAUUGUAUUAAGGUACAAUUCUGCCAUCGUGGUGGAGAUCUGUUCACUCUGCUUUCUGUCUACAAGGAAUGGGAAUGUAUGCCUCGAGGGAGUCAAAAUAAAUGGUGUUGGGAAAAUAGUGUCAAUGCGAAGUCUAUGCGUAGAUGCUAUGAUGCUGUACUAGAAUUAGAAAGUUGUCUUAAAAAUGAGCUAAGCAUCACUGUUCCUAGUUUCUGGCUUUGGAAUCCUGACGUUGUUUCUGAACAUGAUAAAUGGAUGAAGAAAGCGAUACUUUCUUCCUUGGCAGAAAAUGUAGCCAUGUACUCUGGAUAUGAUCGUCUUGGUUAUGAGGUGGCUUUAACUGGAGAACAUUUUAAACUUCAUCCUUCAUGUUCAUUGCUUGCAUAUGGUCAGAAGCCUAGCUGGGUUGUAUUUUCGGAAAUGCUAUCUACGCCAAAUCAAUAUUUGGUCUGUGUAACUGCUUUUGACUAUGACUCUUUGUUUUCCAUUAGUCCUCCUCCUCCAUUCAAUAUCUUACAGCUGCAGAGUCGGAAGCUGCAGGUAAGGGUGAUUACUGGAUUUUCAAGUGCGGUUCUAAAGAGAUUCCGUGGGAAAUCAAACAAUAGUUUACUUCGUCAUGUUUCUCGCAUUCAAACAACCUUCAUGGAUGAACGAAUUGGUAUUGAAAUUGAUGCUGAUAAGGAUGAAAUUCACUUAUUUGCCUCUUCAGAAGACAUUGAAAGGGUUCUCAGCCUUCUGACAGAUGCCUUGGCAUACGAAAAGAAAUUGUUGAGAAAUGAAUGCUUGGAAAAAUGUCUACAUCAUGGGGGCCAGCCCGGUGUUACUCCCCCAGUGGCAUUGUUUGGAGCUGGUGCUGAAAUUAAGCAUCUGGAGUUGGAGCAGAGAUAUUUGACUGUGGAUGUGUUUCAUUCAAAGGUGAAUUCUUUUGAUGACAAGGAGCUUUUAAUAUUCUUUGAGAAUUUUGUCUCUGGAGUAUGUGGUUUUCACAAGUUCACUCUCAGUGGACAAGAUGGUGAAGACAAUGAAAAGUGGGGCAGGAUAACAUUUUUCACUCCUGUUGCAGCUCAAAAAGCUGUUGAGUUAAACGGUGUUGAAUUUUGUGGCUCUUCACUAAAGGUUGCCCCUGCUUGGGCAUGUGUGGUGGGUGAUCAUAGAAUGUCAUCAUUUCCUGCAGUAAGAGCCAAAGUGUUUUGGCCCCGUAGGCACAGCAAGGGCUUUGCAAUAGUUAAAUGUGAAAGGAAUGAUGUUGAUUUUAUUGUUAGUGAUUGCACUAACAUUCUGAUUGGAGGUAGGCUUAUUUACUGUGAGAUCGAUAGAAAGUGCAUGGAUUCUGUUGUCAUCAGAGGUAUAGAUAGAGAAACUUCGGAACCAGAAAUUCUAGAAAUCUUGAGAAUGGCCACAGAUAGGAAAAUUCUGGAUUUAUUUCUCGUAAGAGGAGCUGCUGUUGAUGAUCCACCAUGUGGUUCUUGUGAAGCAGCACUUCGUAAAGAACUUGCUCCAUUCAUGCCUAGCAACAGCCCAUUAAGCAAUUUUUGCUAUGUCAAGGUCUUCCGCCCUGAACCAAAGGAUAACUUCAUGAAAGCUUUGAUUACUUUUGAUGGAAGACUGCAUUUGGAGGCAGCGAAAGCUUUGCAUCAUAUUGAGGGGAAAGCACUUGCUGGAUGUCUUUCGUGGCAGAAGAUACAGUGCCAGCAGUUGUUCCAUAGCUCUUUGUCGUGCCCGGCUCCUGUCUAUGUGGUCAUUAAGAGGCAACUAGAUUCUUUAUUCAAUAGCUUUAAGCAUCGUAGUGGUGUAUCUUACAAUUUGGAAAGGACUGAGUAUGGCUCUUAUCGGGUCAAGAUAUCUGCUAAUGCUACAAAGGCAGUGGCAGAGUUGAGGAAACCUCUGGAGCAGCUAAUGAAAGGAAAGCUUGUGACUCAUGACAGCCUCACGCCUACUAUACUGCAGCUUCUCUUUUCCCGAGAGGGUAUUAUGCUCAUGAAAUCAGUCCAGCAAGAAACAGGAACAUACAUUUUCUUUGACAGGCAGAACCUAAAUGUAAGGGUCUUUGGUUCAGAAGACAAGGUUGCUUUGGCUGCGAAGAAACUGGUACAGUCUCUUUUAACUCUCCGCGAAGACAAACCGCUGGAAAUCUGUCUUCGAAACAGAGUUUUGCCUCAUGAUCUUAUGAAAAAAGUGGUUGAGAAGUUUGGGCCAGACAUACGUGGGCUUAAGGAGAAGGUACCUGAGGCUGAGUUGACCCUUGAUGUGAAGCACCAUGUCAUCUGUGUCCGUGGAAGCAAGGAGGUGAAGCAGGCAGCAGAGAAAGUAAUUUAUGAAUUUGCUUGCUCUCUUAAUGUUAAUGAUCUAGAAGAGCAUCCUGGUGGUGAGGCCUCCACCUGUCCUAUCUGCUUGUGUGAGGUCGAGGACUCGUAUCAGCUGGCAGCAUGUGGACAUGAGUUCUGUCAAUCGUGCUUGGUUGAACAACUAGAAUCUGCAAUUAAAAGCCGUGAUGGGUUCCCCCUUGGUUGUGCCCGUGAGAUGUGUGGUGAGCACAUCUUGCUCAUGGAUUUGAGGUCUCUGUUAUCUUGUGAAAAGUUGGAAGAACUCUUCAGGGCUUCUCUGGGGGCAUUUGUGGCAUCUAGUGGUGGUAAAUACAAGUUUUGCCCAUCUCCCGACUGCCCUUCAGUUUACAGGGUAGCGGAACCGGGGGCGACUUGUUGGCCGUUUGCAUGUGGGGCUUGCUAUGCGGAAACAUGUACUGGUUGUCACUUGGAGUAUCACCCGUUCAUAUCGUGUGAAAGGUACAAGGAGUUCAAGGAGGACCCGGACUCGUCACUGAAAGAAUGGUGCCAGGGGAAAGAGCAUGUGAAGAGCUGCCCAGUCUGCGGGUACAUGAUCGAGAAGGUGGAUGGGUGCAACCACAUUGAGUGCAGAUGUGGGAAACACAUUUGCUGGGUGUGCUUGGAAUGCUUCUGCAACAGCGAUGACUGCUAUGUUCACUUGAGGUCUGUACAUCAUGCUAUCAUAUGAAGUUUCAUUAAUCUCACAAGUCGCUGAUGUAUAUAUACAUAUAGUUCUUGUAUAUAUGUUGCCUACAGGAUUAUGUUAAUGUGCUCUUUAUUUAUCAAAAAUAAAAAAUUAAAAAAGGAUUAUGUUAAUGAGCU